UGACCUAACUUUGACCUCGCCGGAAGUACAAUGAAUCAGAAGGAGGCAAUUUUUGCAUGACGACAGUUUUGCAGUGUAAAAAGUGCUACGUGUCGCUUCAAAGUGUGGACAAUGUUCACAGCAUUACAUCUGCCAAGAUAGCUCACGAUUAGUGGGCCCCCUUUUUCAAGCAUCCCGGGGUAUACUAUCAUAACUAUUGCCUAGCAACCAUGGGGGCCAAUAGCAGCAGUUUCAGCGAGCUGACCACCAAUCCGUACCUGCAGAGGUUUGUGGGCAAAGAGGUGGUGCCGGAGACGGAUCCGUUCUGGAACCAGUUGUUGUCGUUCUCCUUCCGGGUCCCCCACUGCGGCUCAGACGCCCGUCUGUUGGAAGAGUCCACAAUCCACUUGUGUAAAACUCUUGCUCUGAACAACUUACAGUCUGGUAACCUGUGUACUCUCAUCAAAGUCUUCUUGAAGAGGGUGGCAGAAUUGAAGACUUCUACCCAGAAAGAAGACCAUGUCUUUGUCUGGCAGACCUACAACGCCCUCUUCAUCAUCCGGAGUUCCCUCAAAUACUUCCUGGAGAAUUUCUCGGAGGGGCGCAUCAUCCAGCACCUGUCGGUGGUGGUGUCUGACCCCUCCCGGACCGCGGCGUUCCUUGAGGACGGGCUGGAUGGGUUGGACAUGGCCGAUAACGAGGGGAGGACCGUGGAGACUCUCUUGGAGGAGUUUCUGCACUCGCUGGUCACCCUUCUCGUCGAAGUGCCCGUCUUGAACUUCAGCUACGUGCUUCACCUCGAAGCUAUCAACACACUGCUGAUUGUCUUAUCGGUUCAGAUGUUCAUCCCAAGGAUAGCCCACAAGAGUCUCUUCUUUGACUGCAUGAUGCAAGGCAACUGUGCCAAAGACGCCCACAUUUUGGUGAAGACCCUCCUGGAUCAGUUUGUCAAGCACGAGGAGUGUCCAUCAGAGUUACUGAAGCCCCACGAGUCCUCGCCUAGCUUCCUGUAUGGAAUCACUGCGGCAGUCGCAGCGGGAUUGUGGGCGGUCUUGACCUUAGGUUACGGGUCAAGAGGUCACAAAGCAGAGCCGGAGGACCGGGGCUUAUUGGCCAAUCAGAGCCUGCUGUUACUCAUGGUUCUGACCAAUCACUACACGCACGACAAGGGAGUGCACAACCCAUACCGCAUGGCGCUCUGCAUGUUCUCCAAUUCACAAGACGGUGGCACCGCAGUGACAUCCGGGGGCGCCAUGCCCCCCUUCAAGACAAACUUUGCCAAUCUGUACGAGGCGUUUUGCAGUCAUCUCAGAGAGGACCAAGCCACGCUGCUCCUGUACUCCCUCCUGCAUCAGAACCUCAACUUCAGGACCUACAUCCUGUCCAAGACCAACAUAGACCAACUGGUGAUACCCCUCCUUAAGAUUCUAUACUACGCCCAGGAUCGCAACUUCCACCACAUCUACAUGGCCCUCAUAGUGUUGCUUAUACUCAGUGAGGAUGAUGCGUUCAACAAAAGCGUUCAUGAACUGGUGGUGAAGAAUAUCACAUGGUACACGGAGCGAAGCAUCUCUGAAAUCACCCUGGGGGGUCUGAUUGUCCUGGUCAGCAUUCGAACCAUCCAGUACAACAUGACAGGCAUGAGGGAUAAGUACCUCCACACCAACUGUUUGGCAGCUCUGGCCAACAUGUCGUCACAGUUCCACUCCCUGCAUCCGUACGUCACCCAGAGAAUAGUCAGCAUGUUCGAGUCGUUGACCAAGAAGCAUGAUAGAAUAGUUGCUCAGCUGAGAGAACGAGCGACAGAGGUCUCAUCCAUGGAGGAAGACCCAGAAUGUGAAAUCCUGCUGUCAGAUCUAGCAGUCUUGGAGGACAGCAUCCGCAUGGUCCUGGAGAUCAUCAACUCAUGUCUGACCAACAUGCUGCCUCACAACCCCCACCUCAUCUACACGCUGCUCUACAAGUGCGAGAGGUUCUCUGGCUUCAAGACGCAUUCCAAAUUCUACGACAUCAUACAGAAUAUCGACACGGUUCUGGCGUAUUUCUCACAGAAGCUGGAGCAGAAUGAACAUCACAACCUGACCGUUCACCAAGUGCUUGAGAUCAUCAAGCAGGGAAUACUGCAGUGGCCCAGGGACAGGCUCAGGAAAUUUCCCGACUUGAAGUUCAAGUACGUUGAGGAGGAUCAACCGGAGGAGUUCUUCAUCCCGUAUGUCUGGUCCCUGGUCUACCACUCCUCCAACCUGUACUGGGAUCCAGACCGGAUAGAGCUCUUCACACUCAACUCCAGCUAAGAGACGAUCAACCAAAAUGAAGCCAAGGCGGAAGGGAGGUAGGUGA